CAAGCUGGCGGGAAUUUAAGAAAGAGCUUCCAUCGUCACUGCGCAUCCACCAGCCAUCAACGACCUGCCUCCGAAUUACUUUAUCCCUCGCGCGUCGCCUACAUCUAUCCAUCAAUCCCCUCAUCGAUAGUCGUUUCAUUCUCCACUUCCAACCUCGUCUCACCGAUCACUAUCUGGUAUCCUACACCACAGCAUCUACCAUCUACUCCAUCAUCACAAUGAAGUACGCACUUACUCUUGUCGCCGGCGGCGCCGCUCUUGCUGCCGCCCAGGGUGGUCUCAGCGCUUGCGCUCAAAACUGCUUCAACGCCAUGGUUGGCAAGGCCGUCACCGAAUUCGGCUGUGUCAACAACGACAUCAGCUGCUACUGCAGCAAGCCCGAGUUCGGCUACGGUGUUCGCGAUUGUUCCAUGCAGGCCUGCUCUGCUCAAGAAGCUGCUGAUGCUAUUGGAUUCGCAAACGCCUACUGUGCUGCCGCCGUCGCCUCGGCCACCAACUCAGUCGCCUCUAUCCUGAGCACUGUUUCCGGCUCUGGAUCUGCUUACUCGUCAGCCACCUCCGCCGGCGCUUCCCUCGGAUCUUCCAUUGCUGGUGCCGGUGUCGGCGGUGCUGCCUCAACUGGCGCCCAACAGUCGUCUGGCAGCACUUCUUCUGCCAUCACCACCUCUGCUCUCGUUAGCACUGUCACUUCUGAUGGUAGCGCCAUCCCCACCACCACUGGCUUCUCUACGAUCUACUCCGUCGUUCCGAUCGUCGGUGGUAUCGCUGGUGGUGCCUCAUCCGGUGCCUCGGACGCCCAGCAGUCGUCCUCUGCCCUCACCACCUUGGCUGUCCUCAGCACCGUCACCUCAGGCGGCAGCACUAUCACCACUGCCGUUGGCUCCACCACCCUCUACGGCCCUGGCGGUGUCGUUGGUGUUAGUUCUACCGGUGCCGGCGCCCAACAGUCGUCGUCCGCUGUAACUACCUCUGCCAUUGUCAGCACCGUCACCUCGGGCGGCAGCACCUUCCCCACCACCGUCGGCUCAUCUACCUACUUCGGUGUCGGUGGCAUUGUCGGCGGCGCUUCCUCCGGCGCAUCCAGCGCUGGAUCUGCCGCUUCUUCGGGCGCCUCUUCAGUCAGAUCUGGAGCCUCUUCCGCUGCUUCGUCUGCCAGCUCCGGUGCCUCGUCUGCCGCAUCCCGUGCUUCUUCCGGUGCUUCCAGCGUUGCCAGCGCCGCCUCUUCGGGUGCUUCUUCUGCUGCUUCCCGCGCCUCGUCUGCCGCUGGAGGCGCAACCAGCGCCGCCUCGUCGCUCGUCGUUACCAACGCUGCUCCCAUGAAGACGGCUGGCCCCAUGAUGGGUGCCGCCGCUCUCGCCGCUUUCAUGCUCGUUUAAGCGAACAACAGUUGGUGCUUGCUCAAAGUCUCUCAGCACCGCUACGAGUUACGAAGAUCUGCUUUACCAGCGUUGAGAGUGUUUACCUAAUAUCGGCCUGGCUUAUCGAUGAUAUCCACGUAGGAAGUGACGUUGGCUAUGGCGCAAGGGAAAACAAGGAGGCUCUUUCACUAAUGGAAAUGGUCUCAGAAAACCUAAUGUGUACUACUGGAAAAUGAAUAUACCCUCUUCUUCAAUAUUUGC